AGUUGUGUCUAUAGACCACAUUUAGUAAUAUGUUGAAAAUGUGUACUCAGUACGUGAAAUGAUAGUUAGUAAAACACAUCUGAGAGAUUCACUCUGCAGUCGGAUUUAUUUAAGUUUAAUUUUUAUUAUUUCGUAAUAACAUAUUGCAACAAUAUUGAUAGCAAAUAAAAGAAGCAACAACAACAACACAAAAUUAAUAUAAAAAAAGAAAAAAAUCACGUACAUGAACAUUGCGCAAAUGAAGUAAACAAACUUUUUUAAAAAUCCAAUUGAAACACACACACACAAAAGAAAAAACAAAAAACAUAAAGUUUCCUGAAACUAAAGAAAGUGCAUUUGCAGUGAAUUUGAGAUACAUACAAGUACAAGCAUAAAUAGAGUGUACCCAUUGAAAAUUUAUGGAACUGUGUUAAGUGUGCACUAAAAAGUAAUAUGUGUACUGAUAUACAAAUAUAAGUAAAAAUAUACAUAUAUAUACAAUAAAUAUAUAUAUAUAUUGUAUAUAUGCAUACAUAAAUCUAUACAUAUGUGUUUAUAUGUGCACAUACAUAAUUAUUUCUUGUUAAGUUAAUCAUUUUGCCACUGUUUUGGAUUAAAGUAUUUCAAUUGCUACUUCAUGCGACAGUUUCCUAGAAUGCUGAUGUUGCAGUACAGCAAGCAUGGAGAGUGUAUACUCAAAGAAAUUGGAGCCGCAUUCCGUGGAGAACACCCAGCCGAUCUGACGAUAGUUUGUGAAAAUAGAGUCAAACUUCAUGCACAUAAACUUGUAUUAGCUGCUGCAAGCCCACUCAUAAGAACUCUCUUGGAGGACACGCAACUUUCCGACUGCGCGACCACAGUUUAUUUCCCAGAUGUAAAUGCUACAUACUUCAAAUUCCUUUUGGAUUUUCUAUAUUCCGGACAAACUUGCAUAACAUCCCGAGAUGUUAACUAUUUGCAUGAUCUUCUGUUGUUGUUGCAAAUAAAAUCCGACAAUUGGAAGACCACGGACUCAGCAAUUCUAAGUAGUAAAUGUAGUAAUUUGCGUGAUCGAUUGAAUAGCGAUUCAAAUGGAAAUGGUAGACAACAUAUGUAUUGUUCAACAAAACUAGAGCAUUCCUAUAGCCCUGAUUUAGAAGGUAGUGAUGAUUUAAAAAAAUGCUCGGAUGGUUCCAAGGAUUCAGAUACCGUUAAGGAAGAUCCGGGCAGCCCUAAGUGUUCAUUAGAAGAUAAUAUACAAAAAGAUUUAAAGGAGAGUAGUCCGUCGACCAGUGAGCAAGAAGCAUAUUCAGAUGCGCAGCUCAAUACAACCAAUAAGAAUAUACCUUCUCUAAAUCCUGUUAAUUUAUCGCUUGGUUUACGAAGUAAACCUGAAUUUAGUACAAGAAAAUUAUUAUAUACAGACAAAAACAUUUUCAAUACGGAUAGUUCAUCGUUUAAUGGCACCGAAAGUAUAAAACGUAAAGGAUUUUUCUUCGAUUCCGAUAAAGAGGUUCCAAAAUCACUACAAGAUCCCGACUUGAAUAAUUCACCGGAAAACUAUGUUGUAACGCCACAUCGAAAACGAAGACCGGGCUUUCAUCAUUCCUCCAGUCAUAAUCAACCGUUCGCUUCGUCAUAUCAACAUACAUUAAUUGAUGAAUUACGAUCCGCGAAAACAGCAUCUUCACCCAUAUCAUCGUACAUGUCCGACCGAAAACUGCUAUCUCCACUUGAAGAAGGCCUAUUAGGCAACACCGAAGUACUGGCGAAAAAUCGUAAACCUAUUGAAAAUCAAAGACCCAGACCGCAAAGUCCUGACGCCGCACUACAUAUCUCACCACAAUUUGCUUACCAAUGGCAAUCGACACAAAAUCCUGCCAUAUCCACCUUCUCAAAUCUGCAGUCUGGUCUCAGUAGCAUACCACAGAUAGGAGUAGGCGGUGGAGGUGGCGGCGGUACGGUUGAAACAAGUAGUCGUGAUACACCAGGAAGUGUUCGAGAUCCCCCUUCAAAUAAUGCGAAUAUAUGUGGCACUCACAAUACAGCUCGUGAAUAUCGUUGCGAAUACUGUGGCAAACAAUUUGGCAUGUCAUGGAAUUUGAAAACGCAUUUAAGAGUACAUACGGGUGAGAAACCAUUUGCUUGCCGCUUGUGUGUUGCUAUGUUUAAACAAAAGGCCCAUCUAUUGAAACAUUUGUGUUCGGUUCAUCGAAAUGUUAUAACGACGACAAAUGGUGCUGAAACCGAAAAUCGAUUCAGUUGCUGUUUUUGUUCAAUGUAUUUCGAAUCAGUACAAGAGUUAGUGAGGCAUUUAUCGGGACACCACAAUAAUUUGCUGCUAACAAAAAAUUUACGCGAAUAAUAAAAUACAGAAUGCAAGCAAAGCUUAAAUUAUUUUUAAUAAAUUUACAUGCAUACAUACCUACAUACUUAUUACAUACAUACAUACACACACACACAAAACACAUAUACAUACACACACGCAUACUUACAAAAGUAUAAUUGUACUUUGAAGACGGAAAGUGACCUGAAUUUUUACUUUGUUUGCAGAAUAUUUCUCAUUGUCAGAACCUGCAAUAUUUUUAUACCCUUGGGACAUAUGUAUAAUAAUUCCAAUUCUCUUUUAUAUACGUUUUUUUCAUCACAAUGAGUAUUUGUAAAUUUUCAUUCAACUU